AUGGACACAAGUCACGUACAGCCCAUCAAACUCACUAGGGUAACCAAAAUGCUGGGCAGGACCUGUUCACAGGGACAGUGCACGCAGGUACGUGUGGAAUUUAUGGAUGACACCAGCCAUUUUAUCAUCCUAAAUGUCAAAGGUCCCGUUCGAGAGGGAGAUGUACUCUCCCUAAUGGAGUCAGAAAGGGAGGCUUGGAGACAGGGACUCAAGAGAGAUGUGCCUGUUUCUGCCUCCUGA